UUUUACUUCCUUCUCGGGGAAGACGUACGGUAGCAAUUUUGACGUCUGAUAAUAAUUAUUUUGUUGCUUUAUUAUUGACGUGAACUUUAAACUUAUUGAACUGUGAUUCGCUUGUGCGGUGCGUUGAAUUAAAUAUCAAGAAUUAUAUAAAAUAGUGUCGGUGUUAUGUGGUUUACCAGUUUCACUUAGUUUCUAAAGAUCCGAGAUUAGCUAUAAUGGCGGCCAUGUCAUGAAGAUACCAGCUUAUGACAAGUGCGGUAUUCCUACAAUGGAAGAGAGCUCACCUUCACAAAACCACAACGGACAAUUAGGAUCAUCUACUAGUGGUAUUAACUCUACUAAUAAACCAAAUGACGAAAACCAACGUAUCCAGUAUUCCAUUCCUGGAAUAUUGCAUUUUAUACAACAUGAAUGGGCACGGUUCGAGAUGGAGAGGUCUCAAUGGGAAGUCGAUCGAGCAGAAUUACAGGCGAGAAUAGCAUUUCUGCAAGGUGAAAGAAAAGGCCAAGAAAAUUUAAAAAAUGAUCUAGUCCGACGAAUUAAGAUGUUAGAAUAUGCCUUGAAACAAGAAAGAGCCAAGUACCACAAGCUCAAGUACGGCACGGAGCUCAACCAAGGAGACAUGAAGCCUCCAAUAGAUGAACCUGAGGUUCAGGUGGACGUCGAGGCUCCAUUCACGUCCGUCAGCAACAUUACUUGGAAGCAGGGCCGCCAACUGCUCAGACAAUACCUGCAAGAGAUAGGCUAUACGGAUACUAUAAUAGACGUACGUUCAAAUCGAGUACGCUCACUUCUGGGUCUAAAUAACAAUGAAGAGUCAGUUAGUGAUAGAGUUCGGGAGCCGUUCAAUUCCAAACGGAGUAUAGAGAAUGAGGGAAGGCGGACACCUGCAAAAAAGGUGCAGUCAGGUAGUGCUCUGGCUGAAGCUAUGAUCUUGGAGACGGAGGCCGCGGUGAUGGCAAACUUCGAGUUCCUCUCCCAAGCCGAUGUGGAGAUGGACGAAGAUGAUGACAUCUGUGACGAACUUGACGACUCACAGGAUAUUGAAGAACAAGAGGAGAUGAGGACUACCAAGCGAAAACAGAGACCAAAGCUGGAACCUGAUGAAGUGGAUGCCGACGCAGAGGAGUUUUUAAAUGAACUCAAUCUUCUCUCUGAUGUUCCUGUUGUCUAUCCAGGUCAAGACAACGCGAGGAGAGGAAUGCAAGGGGAAGAGGAGGAAGAGGGAAUUGGAAUAAUCUCUGAAGGAACGUUGGGGCUUGGGGAACUGGCUAGGCUCACUGUGAACAAUGAGGCUGAAGCUGCUUAUGAUCUGCAGUCGACAAAGGAGUCACUGCGCAAAACCUGGAAUGCCAAGUACACACUGAGGAGUCAUUUUGAUGGAGUGCGAGCAUUGGCGUUCCAUCCUGUAGAGCCAGUGCUCAUCACGGCCAGUGAGGACCACACACUCAAACUGUGGAACUUGCAGAAAACCGUGCCCGCCAAGAAGUCGGCAUCGCUGGAUGUAGAGCCGCUGUAUACGUUCAGGAGUCACACCGGCCCAGUGCUGUGUCUAGCGAUGAGCAUGACGGGAGAGCAGUGCUUCAGUGGGGCGACCGAUGCAGCGAUUCAUUGCUGGCACCUCCCCCCUGCCAACAUCGACCCCUAUGACUCUUUUGAGCCCACUGUGCUGCACAGCAGUCUGCUGGGCCACACAGAUGCAGUGUGGGGCCUCAGCAUUCACUCCCAGAGAGCCCAGCUGUUGUCCUGCUCUGCUGAUGGCACUGUCAAACUGUGGUCCCCACAAAACACUAAGUUACUCGCUUCCUACACUUCCGACCAAGAUGGAGUGCCAACGUCAGUGGACUUUGUCAGAGACGAAGCAGACAAGAUGGUGGCUGCGUACAACUCCGGUGACUGUGUGUUGUUUGAUUUGGAGACGACAAAACCAAUCCUCAGGCUCGAGACUUCACAAGAGGGAGUGGCGGGUCGGCAGAUCAACAGGGUGGUGUGUCAUCCUACGCUGCCUCUCACUAUGACAGCUCACGAGGACCGAUUCAUCAGGUUCUUUGACAACACGUCAGGCAAGAUGGUCCACAGCAUGGUGGCUCAUCUGGACGCUGUCACUAGCCUGGCCGUGGACCCCAACGGACUCUAUCUACUCUCUGGCAGCCAUGACUGCAGUAUAAGACUCUGGAAUCUGGACAACAAGACAUGUGUACAGGAGAUCACGGCUCAUCGCAAGAAGUUUGACGAGUCCAUCCUUGACGUCGCCUUCCACCCGUCUCGACCGUACAUCGCUUCUGCCGGGGCCGACGCUCUAGCCAAAGUCUUCGUCUAGCUCGAUCCAGUGUGAAUUUAAGAUGUUCACUGCCAGGACCACAAGCCAGAGCUGGGAACUUGUUUUAUACCUGUAGGCUACAGUUUAAUGGAUGUUAUGUUGCACCACUUUAUAAUUCAAUCUUUUAACCGUUAUAAAUAUUGAGGAACCAACCUGAAUGCAUAUACAAUCUUAAUUAUUUGGCGGUCAAAAUGUUUUUAUUUAUUGUUUUAGUCAAAAUUCUGUUGGUUUUUCUGGUAAUUGUUUGUUUUUAAGUAUUGUUUUAGUCAAAAUUCAGCUUAAACUUUCAAAGUAUUAGUUUACUUAGUUUUUUUAAAAUUGAUUUGUAUAAGGUUGUUAACUUACACCUUCAACAUAAUGGACUUGAUAUGCACAAAAUUAAAUAUCAGGUAUUUUAUUUUGCUACAUAAAUUUAAAUCUAUAUUUAAUAUCCUGUUUGAUUGCAUGGCAAGUGUUUUAAGGUUAUGUUUUCUUAAUUUUGUUUUAGCAACUUUAAAUUUUACCUUAAUUUUUUAAUGUAAAUUUUUUAAUCCAAUUAAUAGAAUUAAAAUUAUUUCAUGGAGCUGUAAACAGAUUAUUAGGGAGAUUUUGGUCUUUAAAAUGUGGUUGUAGUAACUGUAUAAUUAAUUACUAACCCUUUCAAAGCUAUGGUUAAUGUGUCCUCUUUGCCUUUCCUAAAAAACCAUUUAAGAAUGCUCAACUGUUAAUUUAUUGGUUACUGGUUUAGACUAUGGUUUCCUGACGCACAGCCUUAUAGUUCUCUUUUUAAAAAUAAAUUUCUUUCUUCUCAACCAUUGCUGCUCUAUUGUAAUUGACACAAAAUGGAUGUAAGACAUACAACAUAUUGUUGGUAACCUUUUUUUUUAUUUUAUGCAUUAUACAUUUUAGUUUAGACAAGGCAAAGUUGUAGAAAUUCGAAUGUAGAAUAUUACGUCAGCUCUGAAAGGGUUAAGACAAGUUUUCAAUUGUCGGCGUUUAAUGAAACCAGUGUUCUUUAGGCAUCAAAUGCCUAAGAUAGAGUUGAGGAGGAUGUUUGGUAAAAUGACCUAAACAAACAGUAAUUACAAAUAUAUAGUACAGGAAUUUAUUUAUUUGUCUUUAGUUUUUCAGGCUAGAAAUUUACAUUAUUUAUUUGGUGUUGUACCUGAAAUGUCUCUAAAGUAUCUGAUUGUAAAAUUGAGUUAGUUUUCAUAAGUUGUUGAAAUUGAUUUGAUAUUAUUUUUUACAUGAGAUUUCAUUAGUAUUUAAGUAGCAAUAAAUAUUGCUUUACUACUCAAAUAGGUUAUUUUAAUGUGUAUAUGUUUUAAUGGAUACCUUUACCAGUUAUUUAUUUUUGCAUGAAUUAAUCGAAACUUGGCUUGUUCAUGUUUAUAAGAGUAAGAAAUGUCAGUAACAAGUCUUCAUUUACGUUAUAAUCUUGUGUUGUUAACCUUUUGUAAAUAACCGGUUUGAUUGACAUAUUGUAUCCGUGCUUUUUGUUUGGUGUGUUUUUUAAGAUACUUUAAGUAUGUAAAUAUUGAAUUUCAUGGCUGUUUGGUUAAUAUAAGUGUAUAUCAGGUACAUUUUGGUUCUAAUUUGUUGGCCUAAAAAAUAAUUUUACUUUCAUCUCACACAUAAUUUUGUAGUAACGAGUCAAAUAGUGUUUUACUAAGGAAGUUUUGAUUUCUUCUGUUUUGACAUGACUGUAAAUCUAAGUUUUCCAUUUCUACUUCUACUGAAUGCAAACCUUCCAAAUGGAGGAAAUCAAAACUUGUCGUACAAGCAUUACUUCACUGGACCAUUUUGAUUGAUACUAUUUUUUUAAUUCCUACCAUUAGUUUCAUAUAACUGACCAUAGUUGUGUCGGUUGUAGGAAGAAGUUGAACUGAUUUUUUAUAAUUCGAGAUUCUAUUGUCACAAAAUAUAACUGUGUUAGAUAGAAGAUAAUAAAUAAUAGACAAUCGUGAACGAUUUGUCGCAGUUGCACAUAGAGUUAACUGUAGAGGAACACCUUUCAUUGUGUAGCUAACUAAUCUCAUGGAACAAUGAAUAAAAAGUCAGUUUAACCCUCUUUUAUGGGAGCAUAUUUUUGUAAUACUAGUGUACUGUAAAAGACAAACUAUUCAAAUAAAAACUCGCAAUAAUUACUCAUAAAACCGUUCUAUUUCAAUUAUCUCUGUUCUAACUAGAGGUUAUAAGAUGAAAGUAAAUACAGACCAGAACCAAAUGUACAAUUGAAAAGAACAAUACUUAAUCAAAAUAGUCGUGUAAAGCUUUCUUCAUCUAAAACUUGUGUAAAAACUGAAACCGUGUAAAACUAUUGAAUGCUUGUAUCCUAAUCUUGUAUCGGACACGAAUUGUAAAUAAUACUGAUGUAAUAUUUUAAUUUAAUUAUAGUCAGUUAAGUCGGCAUGCAAGUGCUGUUAGGCGUUGACGCCGUGUACACUCCAGCAUGGAGAUAUAUAUAAUAUAUAUAUACAUAAUUAUAAAUAUACACAGUUUUAUAUAAAUGUUAGGAGUACAUAUGCAAUAACUGUCUAUAGUGCUUUGGUUAUUUAUUACUCUGUGUGUGAACGACAGGCUCGACUUUGCUAGAACCACCUUUAGUUUUGUUGUGUGUUAAGCUUUUAAGAGUGACUGGUUAUUUGCAAAAUAAUAAGUCAAUAAAAUUAAUUAAGGGUGUUGAAGACAAAAAUGUUCUGGUAAUAUGUAAAACAUAGAUACAAUUGUUAGUCUCUAAUGCAGGUUUUGUAAUUAUCGUUUCUCCUCUUCAUUUAGUGGAAACUGAUUCUCUGAUUGCAUUUUCUUAAAGAGACCUUCUGUGAUUUUUAUUUAUUGUAAAUUUUCACCUCCUUUUAUUUUAUUAUAGAUUAAAUAUGUUUCC